UCUGUGUCUGAGUCUAGUCUUUGUCUCUGUGAUAAUAACUCUUUUUUUUCUUGAAAUUAUGGGACAGACAGUGACUACUCCUUUAAGUCUGACCCUAAGCCACUGGAGCGACGUCCGAGACCGGGCAAACAACCAAUCGGUGGAAAUACGGAAAAAGAAAUGGGUCACCCUUUGUUCCUCCGAGUGGCCCACUUUCAAUGUGGGAUGGCCACGCGAUGGCACUUUUAACCUUGAUAUUAUUUCUCAGGUGGAAGCCAAAGUUUUCAGCCCCGGACCCCAUGGGCAUCCCGAUCAGGUGCCCUACAUCGUCACCUGGAGGGCUCUGGUUUCAGACCCCCCACUCUGGGUCCAGCCCUUUGUUCUCCUUCCCAAACCCUGCUCCUCCCCUAUCACCCCCACUGCGCCGCCUCCCCUAAAAGAGCAACUGUCCCACCCCCAAACCACGCCCUCCAGGGAGACUGCGCAACCCACCCCUCCCCCACCUACUCCCACUUCCUCUUCUCUUUACCCUGCCCUUACCCCACUCCAGGAUAAAUCCCCAAAACUUCCCAAGCCUGUUCAGCCUGCUCCCAAGCCUGUUCAGCCUGCUCCCGAGCCUGUUCAGUCUGCUCCCGUUUUGCCUCCAGACACUGAGUCCCCUCUUAUCGACCUGUUAACGGAAGAACCCCCUCCCUACCCGGAGGCCACAACAGAAGAGCGAAAGCCUAGUUCCCUGGCGUCACCCAUUGCGGGGCGACUCAGGGACCGACGUGCACAGCCACCAAGUCAAGUCUCCCAAGCUUUCCCCUUGAGGGAAGGUCCUAACGGUCGGCCACAGUACUGGCCCUUUACUGCUUCUGAUCUCUAUAACUGGAAGCAACAUAACCCUCCCUUCUCUAAGGACCCCCGCCACCUGACUAACUUGAUUGAAUCUAUUCUAGUUACCCAUCAACCCACUUGGGAUGAUUGUCAACAGCUGUUGCAGACUCUGCUGACCUCGGAGGAAAAGCAGAGAGUUCUUCUGGAAGCCCGAAAGAACGUACCGGGCGAUGACGGGCGACCAACCCAGUUGCCUAAUGAGAUCGACAUAGCUUUUCCCUUAACCCGCCCUAACUGGGACUUCGCCACUUCUGCAGGUAGGGAGCACCUUCGUCUCUAUCGCCAGUUGCUCAUAGCGGGUCUCCGAGCAGCCGCAAGGCGGCCCACUAAUUUGGCUCAGGUUAAGCAAGUAAUACAGGGAAGGGAAGAGACACCUUCUGCCUUUCUAGAGAGACUUAAGGAGGCUUAUAGGAUGUACACCCCGUAUGACCCUGAUGAUGAAGGGCAAGCAACUAGUGUAUCAAUGUCCUUUAUCUGGCAGUCAAGCCCUGAUAUUAGGGGCAAAUUACAGAGAUUAGAAGGGCUACAGGGGUAUACACUUUCUGACUUAUUAAAAGAGGCAGAAAAGGUGUUCAAUAAAAGAGAAACUCCGGAAGAGAAAGAGGAGAGAAUAUGGUUAAGAAUGAAAGAGGCACAGGAUGAAAGAGAUAAAAAGCGGAGCAGGGAAUUGACUAAGGUAUUGGCCACCGUAGUUACUCAGGGACAGGACAGAGAGGGAGUCAGGAUGGGAGAACGAGAACGAAGAAGGACCAAAUUAGACAGAGACCAAUGUGCCUAUUGCAAGGAAAGAGGACACUGGGCCCGAGAGUGUCCCAGGAACCCCAAGAAUCUCAGAGGACCCUUGACGCCCAAACCAUUGACUUCCCUACUGACGUCGGAAGACUAGGGAAGUCAGGGCCAGGAGCCCCCCCCUGAGCCCAGGAUAACUUUAAGCGUCGGGGGGCAGCCAGUUACCUUCCUAGUCGACACCGGGGCCCAGCAUUCAGUCCUAACCCAGACUCUAGGACCACUUAGCAACCGAACUGCUUGGGUACAAGGAGCAACUGGAGGAAAGAACUAUCGAUGGACCACGGAACGCAGGGUCCAGCUGGCUACCGGUAAGGUGACGCAUUCAUUUCUACACGUACCCGAUUGCCCCUACCCGUUACUGGGGAGAGACCUUCUAACCAAACUAAAGGCCCAAAUCCACUUCAACCCAGAAGGGGCGGCAAUAACAGGCCCCAAUGGAGGACCCUUACAGGUCUUGACCCUCCAUUUGGAGGAGGAAUAUAGACUAUAUGAACCUGAACAGACCCCAGAGGUCCAAAAUGAAGCUUGGCUGAGAGAAUUCCCUAUGGCCUGGGCGGAAACGGGGGGCAUGGGGAUGGCUCGUCAACAGCCCCCUCUCUUAAUCCAACUUAAGGCAACAGCCACCCCAGUGUCAAUAAAGCAGUAUCCAAUGUCACAUGAAGCCCGCCAAGGCAUAAGGCCCCAUAUUAAGAGGCUUCUUGAUCAAGGAAUCCUAAUUCCCUGCCGGUCACCUUGGAAUACACCUCUCUUACCAGUAAAAAAACCUGGCACAGGAGAUUACCGGCCAGUACAGGAUCUAAGAGAAGUCAACAAAAGAGUUGAGGACAUACAUCCCUCUGUGCCCAACCCAUAUAAUCUACUGAGCACCCUGCCCCCUUCCCAUGAAUGGUAUACGGUGCUAGAUUUAAAGGAUGCCUUUUUCUGUUUAAGGCUACAUCCAGUGAGCCAGCCACUCUUCGCCUUUGAGUGGAGGGACCCAGAUCUAGGGCUCUCAGGACAGUUAACUUGGACCCGGCUUCCCCAGGGUUUCAAGAACAGUCCCACUCUGUUUGAUGAGGCGCUGCAUAGAGACUUAGCUGAUUUCCGGGUGCAGCAUCCUUCCCUGGUACUUCUUCAGUAUGUCGAUGACCUCCUCUUGGCUGCUAACUCCAAGGAAAAUUGCCUGAACGGCACUAAAGCCCUCUUACAGGCACUGGGACAAUUAGGGUAUCGGGCCUCAGCCAAAAAGGCCCAAAUAUGCCAAAAACAAGUCACCUACUUGGGAUAUCAGCUGAGAGAAGGACAGAGAUGGCUCACUGAGGCACGAAAGCAGACUAUUCUCCGCAUUCCCACACCUACCACCCCACGCCACCUAAGGGAAUUCCUGGGAACUGCUGGAUUUUGCCGCCUAUGGAUCCCUGGGUUUGCGGAAAUGGCAGCCCCUUUAUACUCCCUCACUAAGCAGGGGGCUCAGUUCCACUGGGGCGAAGAGCAGCAACGGGCCUUUUCCGACAUCAAAAAGGCCUUAUUAGAAUCCCCAGCCCUGGGACUCCCAGAUGUGACUAAGGCCUUCGAACUGUUCGUAGAUGAAAAACAGGGCUAUGCCAAGGGAGUACUAACCCAAAGGCUAGGGCGGAAGCGCCCAGUGGCCUACCUGUCAAAAAAGCUAGACCCUGUGGCCACUGGUUGGCCACCCUGUCUGCGGAUGGUGGCUGCCAUCGCCAUCUUAGUCAAAGACGCGGGCAAACUAACUUUGGGCCAAUCACUAACCAUCUUGGCCCCCCAUGCGGUCGAAGCUUUGGUCAAGCAACCCCCAGACAGGUGGCUUUCCAAUGCUCGCCUGACUCAUUAUCAGGCCAUGCUUCUGGACACUGAUCGUGUACAGUUCGGACCCGUGGUGGCGCUCAACCCUGCCACCCUACUCCCCUUACCCGAGGUUACGGAAACACAUGAUUGCCUCCAGAUCCUAGCUGAGGUCCAUGGCACCCGAAAGGAUCUGACGGACCAGCCCCUCAAGGGAGCGGACUACACCUGGUAUACAGAUGGCAGUAGCUUCCUGCACAAUGGCGAGCGAAGAGCCGGAGCUGCAAUAACUAAUGAGACAGAGGUGAUCUGGUCCAAGAUGCUAUCCCCUGGGACAUCAGCUCAGCGGGCAGAGCUCAUCGCCCUGACUCAGGCUCUACAGAUGGCAGAAGGUAAGAAACUGAACGUUUAUACCGACAGUCGCUAUGCCUUUGCUACGGCCCACGUACAUGGUGAAAUCUAUCGGAGGAGAGGGCUCCUCACCUCCGAAGGAAAAGAAAUUAAAAAUAAACCUGAAAUAUUGGCUCUGCUCAAAGCUUUGUUCCUGCCCCAAAAGUUGAGCAUUAUGCAUUGCCCGAGUCACCAAAAGGAUAAUAGCCCAGUGGCAAGGGGAAACCGACUGGCAGAUCAAGCUGCUAAGGAAGCUGCCCUAGGGGAAAAAGAGACCGGGCCCAUUCUUACCCUGAGCACAUGGCCCCCACAAGAAAAUAUUAAACCUAUGGAAUACAGUUCUGAGGAUCAGGAGCUGCUAAAGAAAAUGGGGGCUACAUGGGACCCAAAAGAAGGGGUGUAUACCAUGGACGAAAAAACUGUUAUGCCCACUCUGUAUUCUCACCAUAUAGUCCAAUCUUUGCACUCACUGACCCAUCUGAGCGAAAACAAAAUGAAAACCCUCCUAAAUAAUGAGCACCAACCGUACUUGUUACUAAACCAAGACAAGGCGUUGCGAUCCAUAAUUAAAAAUUGCUUAGUCUGUGCACAAGUAAAUACCAGAAAAACCUAUGCUGCCCCUGGAGUGCGCAUUCGAGGACAUCGCCCUGGUGUUCACUGGGAAAUCGACUUCACGGAAAUAAAACCUGGACUCUAUGGCUAUAGAUAUUUAUUAGUUUUCGUAGACACUUUUUCAGGAUGGGUAGAAGCCUUCCCCACCAAGCACGAGACUUCGAAUGUGGUCACCAAGAAACUACUUGAAGAAAUCUUCCCCAGGUAUGGAAUGCCCCAGAUAUUAGGCACCGACAAUGGUCCAGCCUUCGUCUCCCAGGUAAGUCAGAAAGUGGCCAAGUCAUUGGGGAUUAAUUGGAAAUUGCAUUGUGCAUAUAGACCCCAGAGCUCAGGACAAGUAGAAAGAAUGAAUAGAACAAUCAAGGAGACUUUGACUAAAUUAACGCUUGCAACUGGCUCUAGAGACUGGGUCCUCCUCCUGCCCCUGGCCCUAUAUAGGGCCAGGAAUACCCCCGGGCCCCUAGGAUUAACUCCUUUUGAAAUAUUGUAUGGGGCCCCACCCCCUAUUGUAAACCUUUUCAAUCCUAUUGAUUCUUAUGUUUCUUCUUUUGCUGAUCGUGCUACCCUACAAGCUCACCUCCAGGCACUCCAGAUCGUUCAGAAAGAAGUCUGGAAGCCACUGGCUGCAGCUUAUAGGGAACAGCUAAAAAAUCCUACUGUGCCACAUCAAUUCCAGAUCGGCGACCUCGUCUGGGUCCGCAGGCAUCAGAUCAAGAGCCUUGAACCCCGAUGGAAGGGACCCUACACUGUACUCCUAACCACCCCGACGGCGCUAAAAGUCGACGGCAUCGUGGCCUGGAUCCACGCCUCUCAUGUGAAACCAGCCCAUCUGGGACCAGACGACUCGGAAACACCCGAUCUCAAGGAGGGAUGGCGAGUUCAACGCACCCAAAAUCCGCUAAAGAUAAGACUCGUGCGAUCAUAACACUGACUAUUCUUGUUAUAGGUAUUCCGAGUUCCCAUGGGUCCCCUCACCAUGUAAAACAGCUCACCUGGCAAGUCCUGUCGCAAACAGGACAAAUAAUUUGGAACACCUCUCAGCAGCAUGCCCCAUUCACUUGGUGGCCUAACUUAUACCCUGACAUUUGUAAGUUAGCCAUGGGAGCUCCAGCCAACUGGGAUAUAGAAAAUUACUUUGACCUACAGAAGCCGCCUUCACAACCGUCCCCACGGGGACGACUCGGGUUGGAUCCUUGGGGAGGCUGUGGGGACUGGAGUCAGCGAAGUAUGUUAAGGACACUCACCUUCUAUGUAUGCCCUGGGUUUCACAGACCCAGAGAGUGGACCUCAUGCAGGGGGGCAUCCCACUUUUUCUGUCACAAUUGGGGCUGCGAAACCACUGGUGACACUUAUUGGAAGCCCACCUCAGGUUGGGACUAUAUCACCGUAAGGGCAAAUUAUUCUCACGCCAGGAGCAGCCCCAAAUGGACACAAAACCCAGCCUGUCACAAUCAAUGGUGUCACCCACUUGAAAUAGCCUUCACCGAAGCAGGAAAGAAACAACUUAAUUGGGUAAAGGGAUAUACCUGGGGCCUCAGACUCUAUAAAGAACGUUAUGAUGACGGCCUAACGUUCACCAUAAAACUUCUUAUAGAAACCCCAAGGGCCGCCAUAGGACCCAAUCCAGUUCUCGCCUCACCACCUCAAAGGCCUCCCCAAAGAUUAAGGUCAACACCAAGACCAACACCACUUUUAACCUCCGCAACUCCCACAGCUAUACAAACCAAAAAGGCCCCGGAAAUACUUGGAACAGGAGACAGGCUUAUCAACCUAGUGAAAGGGGCCUAUCAGGCACUUAAUCUUUCCAGUCCUGAAAGAGCAAACAAUUGCUGGCUAUGUCUUAACCCAAGCCCUCCAUACUAUGAGGGCAUAGCCCUCUCUGCCAACUAUACUAACUCCACUGUCCCCAGCGCUAUAUGCUAUGGACAAGAUCAUAGCCUAACCCUCUCACAAGUUUCAGGAGCGGGACUAUGUAUAGGCACCCCGCCUCACUAUGUUAAAAAAACACUUUGUAAUUCGACCCAUAAAAUAUGGGCUGGCUCCUAUUAUUUGAUCCCACCCAAUGGAACCUAUUGGGCAUGUAGCACAGGCUUAACCCCUUGUGUAUCUACUGCUGCCUUAAACCAGACUACUGACUAUUGUGUGUUAGUUCAACUAUGGCCUCGAAUAACCUACCAUUCAGAUGAAUUGGUUCUUAGCUAUCAUGAAUGGAGUGAUCUUCGCCGAGUAAGGCGUGAACCUGUCACCCUAAUCACCCUGGCUACGUUACUGGGAGUAGGAGGCAUUGCAGCCGGGGUUGGUACUGGGGCAGCCGCCCUGGUCCAAACAGACCAAUACCUACUUCUACAUCAUGCUAUGAAUGAAGAUCUUAGGGCCUUAGAACAGUCAGUUCGAGCCCUCAAGGAAUCCCUAACCUCCCUGUCAGAAGUGGUGCUACAAAACAGAAGAGGCUUAGAUCUACUGUUCCUAAAAGAGGGUGGCCUAUGUGCUGCUCUU